GGUUGCAUCUUAGAACCUACAUUAGACCAUGGUGGACGCGUGUUGUAGUGGUAAAUAACAGGAUGUAUGCAUUGUCGACGAGUUGCCAUUUCUCGAUAUGCCCGAUCAGGCUGGAUGGGAAUAUCAAACCGCGAUUUAUCGCCAUGAUUUGUCUCUGUUGACUGACUCUAAUUAUCUUAAAGCUGCUCUCGUCCAGUUGUUGUUCACCACAUUUGCUGUCGGUAUCUGUCAAAAAUACCAAUACGUAUCCAUACCAGCCAUUCUUACCGCUAGUCCCACCGUGGAUGCCCCGCCAGCCAAUCAGCGCCUGCCAGAACAGCAGCGCAUUGAAGCUCGCCUCACCCGGUUUGGCUUCUCUUUCUCUUGUCUUCUCUUCGCUUUCUCUCCCUCUCGCUCAGGUCGCACGCGGUCCGUCCUGCAAUCCGACCUGUUCUCCUGCAUCAGUAUUUUUCCAUUCCAUCUUCAAUUCACCAUUCGGAUUCAGUAUGCAAGACCAGGACGUUGUUUUCCCCUCUUCUCUGAUGGAAGGAAGGGGGGAGCAGCACUGAUCCAAUUGGAAUUUCUCUCGAAACCCAGUGAUCUACUCACUAGCUGCUGAAUUGUUCGGUCUUGAGAAAAAGAGAGGACCCAGUCGAUUCUGUGGAGACCUGUUUUUUUCUUGCCUCUUGCUUUUUGCUUCAUUUUUCUCUGGGGCAUAUUGACACAGGUACGGGGAAUAUGACGAUGUAUUGAGGAUCAGAAACUGGGUCCCUGCAUCCCAUUUGCCGCCGUUGUCUUGUGUGUUUCGGUGUUGUUGGGCAGAAAUUUCUCGUCAUGCAUUAUUAUUAUUAUUUUUUUAUUUUUUUUUUUUUACUCUCCGGUCUCGUCGCUGCAUUCGAACGCCUCCCUGGUGCUGUGCUUUGCUUUGCUCUAUCUCUUGCUCAUCUCAUCUCUCUACCACUAAUUGAUUCAGCCUUCGCUUCUGGUU